GCGAGGGGUGUCUGUGCGGAAUCGUGCAUGUUUUUUAUUUUUAUCCUUAUGAUUCUAUUUUUUUUUGGGAGGGGGAACGGGGGAGCGUAUGACAGGAAGAUGGGGAUAUGGCAAGGAGAGGGGGAUAUGGAGAGGAGGAGGAGGAUGUGGACGAGGAGGACGACGGGGAUAGCGAGGACGACGAGGAGUAGUCAAGAUGGGGGAGGAGAAGAGAUGGACGGAGGGAAAAGAGGACGGGCAGGAGGAGGACGAGUGGGAGGAGAAGACAUGGACGGCGAGGAAGGGGAGGACACGAGGAAGGGAAGGAGACGAGGAGGCAUGGAAGAUGAUGAAGUACGUGGAGGAGGAGGAGACAAGGAGGAUGAGGAAGGGCAGGAGGAGGAGGACGAACAGGAGGAGGAGGAGGAGGAGGAGGAGGAGGAGGAGGAGGAGGAGGAGACGAAAAGGAGAAGGGAGCAGGAGGAGGAGGAGGAGGAGGAGGAGGAGGAGGAGGAGGAGGAGGAAGGGGAGGAGGAGCAAGGUGAGGCAGUACUCCUGUAAAUUUUUCUUGAGACAACUUCGCGGGUGACCGCUGCACAGUUUCGAAUUC